UAGAACCUACCAGGCUGCCUGACAGACUAAGAAGGUCACACGCGUGCUUUAGAACAUAGAUGAGGAAAUUCUAGCUCGUAGGUAAAAACAUAACGAAAGUAUUAAUCUAACUGCUACCGUAUUAAUUCAAUGCUGAUGCGAAAUACACACAAUGGGUCGUUUGAUUACCUAGCGUAGCCUUUCAGUUGUGUUUAGCUAGGCUUACCGUAAACAUACCGUUUACAUACAACUGCAGCGAUGUUUAAAAGCCUUGCAAGACUCCCAAUUAGGUUUGGAAAUGCCUUUUCACCCUGUAAAAUACAAAGGAAUCGUCAGACCUUCAAAUAUACGCUUAAAUAUUCAUCAUCAGCCACAACAGAAAGAAAACGAUUUUAUCAGGAUGUCAGCAUAACCCAAGGAGAAGGAGGUUUGUUUGAGAUCAACUUAGACCGAAGGAAGCUAAAAACUCCAGGAGGAAAGCUCUUCACAGUGCCAAAUGAAGCCCUUGCCAUCGCCGUGGCAACGGAAUGGGAUGCUCAAAGAGAGACGCUCAAGUUUUAUACGAUGCACCUGACUACACUUUGCAACACUGCUCUGGACAAUCCAACUGAGCGCAACAAAGACCAAAUGAUCAGUGCUGCUUUAAAGUUUCUGGAGACUGACACUGUUUGUUACAGAGUAGAUGAGCCUAAUGGUUUGGUUGAACUACAGAAGAACGAGUGGGACCCUGUGUUGCACUGGAUUGAAAACAGAUAUAACGUGAAUAUCGGCUCCUCAUCGAGUAUAUUGGGCCCUGAUAUCCCCGAGGUGACCAAAGACACGUUCCGCCAGCAUCUCAAAUCAUAUAACUUUUGGUCGCUGACAGGAUUUGAGUACGUGAUCACCCAGUUAAAGUCUGUUGUGUUGUCAUUUGGGAUGAUUGACAGACUUUUAAGUGUAGAACAUGCUGUGCUGUUGUCGAGACUCGAGGAGGAAUACCAGAUUCAGACCUGGGGAAAUGUAGAGUGGGCUCAUGACUAUGACAUGUAUGAGCUGAGGGCACGCACUGCUGCCGGCGCUCUGUUUGUGCACCUCUGUUCUGAGAGUUCAACCGUCAAACACAAGCUUUUGCAGGACUGAAGGAGGAUUCGGUUAAAUGUGCAAACUGGAAACUCUUCUUAUUGCUGGACUCCUAUUUGUUUGCCCUGGUUAGCUUUGUCUUUGUUGUCAUUCACCCCCUUUUAAAACGCAUUACCUUUUUUCCUGUGUUUAAUGAGGCUCCUACCAAGUGGGAUACCGCUUAUUGUGUCUCCAGCUGAUUCCCAGUCAUUUGGGGCCUUCUGCACUACAUGAAGUGAAUGGAUACUAACAGUUGUGUUAUUUCAUUUCAUGACAGUGUAUUUUGCUACUUUUUUUUUGUACAUCCCUUAUAUUUAUCUAUAAAGGAUCAAGACAAGUGGUAAAGCAUUCAGUUGCAAUACUGAUACAUGUUCUGCCUUAAUACUGUAAAAUGUACAGUUGUAUACCAUACGAAUGCAUAGAUCCACACACUGCACAGCUGUUCAAUUGACAUUUAAACUCCAAAUUACAUAUACAUUAUGUUUGCACUGUCUAUAGCCUUAUUAAACAUCAGAACGAGAGUCA